CGGAAAAAAAAAAAAAAAAAAAAAAAAAAACAUUAAACCCGAAGCCCCCACAGUCCACCCACAAACGGCAAAACCCGCAUUGAAGCUGCAACGAGGACCGGCCUCCCACUUUUCCAUUUAUAGGAAAACCGCCUUCUUCCCAAAAACCGCUUUUGCUUUCCGGUUUUAUCCAUCCGGAACCGGUUCCCCUUCCAUUGUUCAAAUCAAACCCGCCCGAAACCCACGCCGAGAGAGAGAGAGAGAGAGAGAGAGAGAGAGAGACGGAUGGCGUUGUCGAAGGUGAUGACGUCUUCCACGUCUGCCAAUUCGGAUCUGACGCGCCAACCCUCUUCCUUAUAUUCUCUAACUGCCGCGGAGUUCCAAAGCUCAUCUGUCAGCAGCAGCAGUAGCUGCACCAUCGAUCCUACCAAGGCCUUUGGCAGCAUGAGCAUGGACGACAUCCUCCGCAACAUCUAUGCUGACAGCAGUCAUCCUACGGCUGAGAUCCUUCCCCCUCCCCAUGAUCCUGAUGCUGGCCCCUGCCCCCUUUCUAGGCAGGGCAGCUUCUCUCUCCCCAAGUCCGUCGCUGCCGGGUCCGUUGAUGAGGUCUGGAAGGAGAUCUCCGUUGCCGACCGCAGGAUCUCCGAUGGGCUGGCUUUCAAGGAUGCAGCUGCGUUCGAGGAGAUGACGCUGGAGGAUUUUCUUGCCAAGGCCGGGGCGGUCCGUGAGGAAGACGUUAGGGUCCCGUCAGGGCCCGCUUCCACAGGGCAGGGGGGUUUUGGUGGGGAUUCGGUUUUGGGUAGUCAGUUUCAGCCACAGCAGCAGGUCGCCGAGGGUUCUUCGGUUCUAGGGUUUGGGAAUGGAGUGGAGGGGGGAGGGGGAGGGGGAGGGGGGAGGGGGAAGAGGCGGGCUGUGCAGGAGCCAGUCGAUAGGGUCGCACAGCAGAGGCAGAGGAGAAUGAUCAAGAACAGAGAGUCGGCUGCGAGGUCGAGGGAGCGGAAACAGGCUUAUACAGUAGAGCUGGAAUCUUUGGUCAUGCAGCUGGAGGAGGAAAAUGCACGGCUACUAAGGCAGCAGGCGGAGCAGACCAAGAAGAGGCUUCAGCAGUGUUCAAAGGAUGCUGACAUUCAUUGGAAACAAGUUGAGGAUGCUCAAAGUGAUUUUACCUGCUCUUAAAUCGCUGAUUGAUCAAGAGUCAAGACACUUGCGCUCAUGGAAAAUCUCAUACCAGUGGAAGAGAAGCGAAGACCACCACGAAGACUUCGGAGAACUCAUUCUCUGAGUUGGUAGGUAGAAUGCAAUUCAUGAAGAAGAAACAGGUGACAAAGAAAUUCCCAUCUAAAAGGUGACAGGUGUAGAAACUGGUGGCUUAACGGCAGUGUAUUUAUGGUAGUCUCUCUCCAGAUUUUUGUUCAUAGGCAUUGUUGGGGUGCAGUCUCUCUUCCUUUUGUAGGACUUAAGGGAGCUCAACCAAUGAAAGAUUGGGGGGGGGGGGGUUCGAAGUAUCUGAAGGUGGGUUUUUUUCAUCAUCGUCUCAGUAACCAAAAGAUGUGGGGUUAGCAGGUAUAUUAUAUGCACAUUGCUGUUGGUUAUCAAAUAUCUGUUUCCCCAUUUGUAGAAAAUGAGACCUGAAUAAACAGCCUUUUGGCAAACAGUGACCUUUGUAUUAUGCUUUUGAAUAUUCUAUAAAAUUAUAUUCCUAA